UAUAAAAUGAGCACUGAAACAGACACGUUAUUCCAUUCAGCUCCUGAUCAAAGAUGGAUCUGCAAAUCUCAGUAUUUCUUCUGUUCGUUCUCUUCACUGCAGGACACUCUCUCAGAUGUUAUGAGUGUAUGGGUCUGACGGGUUCUUGUGCGGAUCAAAAUGUGGCAACAUGUCCCAGUGGAUUUUCCAAGUGCAUGAGUUCAACAACAGUGACACAAGCUGGUCCCAUUAAGGUGUCCAUCAAAAUUAAACGGUGUGCACUUACAUGUGAAGCUGGGACUCAACAGCUCCCGACUGGAGGGACAAUAACUACCCAGUGCUGUGACACUGACCUCUGCAAUGCAGCAGGUGGCGUGUAUAAGGGGAGCUACCUCCUGCUGUUGUCUCCUCUGCUCUUCUACUUCCUGUUUCAGUGAGUCCAGCUGCAGCAGAAACUGAAAGUCACAUUUCCAUAUUUUACUGAAUAAAGUGUACAUGUUGUUCUGCUGUUCUUUAGGAUGAUGAUUUGGGGGAUUAAACAAAAUAGUGCAUCAACUAGUGUAA